GCUUGUCAUUAUACUUCUCGUUUCUUCGUCGUUUUUGGCCUCGCCCAUUGUUUCCCUCUCAUGAUUGCGUCGAGCUUAACUAAGUCUACUCAGCAAAAACAAGCACUUUUCUUGAGCGCUAGCUAUACAAGGAGGAGGAGGAAUCUUUGCCUGCUGCUCGCACGCCCGCCGCUGGCACUUCUUCUUCCAUCUUCGUUCGAUGACACCGCCGUUGGAGCACGACUACCUUGGCCUGCCGGAGAGCCCCGGCGAGGUCUCGGGCAACCUCAAGGACACGGAGCUCCGGCUUGGGCUCCCGGGCUCGGAGUCGCCCGAGAGAUUCGAUGGAGGGGGCGCCGGGCUGACGCUGGGGCUUCCCAAGAACUUCGUCUCCGGCGCCAAGAGGGGGUUCUCGGACGCCAUCGACGGGCCCGACGCGUGGGUGCUUCCCGGGGUGAAGGGGUCUGAGGAAGAACGGGGGAAGGGCGGGGAGAAGGCCAAUGGGAAGCUUUUGGGGCCGCCCAGCGUGGGGAAGGAUGAUGGUGGAGCGGCAAAGGUGGCGCCUUCGCCCAAGGCACAAGUUGUUGGUUGGCCACCUAUCCGGAGUUACAGAAAGAAUACAAUGGCUGCAAACCCAUCCAAGAACAAGGAUGAUGCCAAAGGGAAACAAGGGUUGGAAUGCCUCUAUGUCAAGGUCAGCAUGGAUGGAGCUCCAUACCUUAGAAAAGUCGACCUCAAAACGUACUCCAACUAUAAGGAGCUCUCGCUGGCUCUUGAGAAGAUGUUUACUUGCUUUACCAUCGGUCAGUGUGGUUCAUAUGGAAUGACUGGCAGAGAGAUACUGACCGAGGGUAGAGUCAUGGAUCUUCUUCAAGGAUCUGAGUAUGUUCUUACCUAUGAGGACAAAGAUGGUGAUUGGAUGCUUGUCGGCGAUGUUCCCUGGGAAAUGUUUACUGAUUCUUGUAGGAGGCUGAGGAUUAUGAAGGGUUCAGAUGCAAUUGGAAUUGCCCCAAGGGCCAUGGAGAAGUCCAAGAGCCGGAAUUAGCAGCCGUUUCAGCCUCUUUCGGUUGGGUGCAUGCAGACCAAAUGGCUGCUAGUGGCCUGGAAGAGAACAUGAAAGCUACAUGUUAUUAUCGUUCUCUCGCUUUUAUUGUGGUUUGUCAUAGUGUAGUUUCACUUGUAGUUGACUUGAUAUUAUCUGAGAGCCUUGCUGUUGGUAGAUACUGUUGGUCUGUCGUCUGUCAUCGAAGUUUUAGAUGUGUGCUUGUCAUUUUUCUUUAAACGUCUAUGGAUUGAGCUCUCUGUUUUAUGUGUCGUCAGUGGCGUCCGAAUCAUAUUGAAAAGCCUCAUAUGCAAAUUUCCAGCUCUA